AUGUCGGAUUGCUUCUUGAAUUCUAUCAAGCUCCUCUGCUUGCGAAGCAAUCAGCUCCACGGCCGCAUCCCAGACAACUUCGGAGAUUUUAAGAAAAUACAGCUCCUCCAUUUUGGCGGGAACUCGUUUUCCGGGCCGAUCCUGGGCAGCCUGGCGAAGCUGUCGUCUCUGCAGGAGUUCAGCCUCUACGGCAACAAUUUCUCGGGCAGCCUGCCCGAGAGCUUUGGUCAGCUCUCGAGCUUGGAAGAGCUUUACGUCGACGACUGCUUCCUGCAGGGCACCUUGACUGAGAGACACUUUUCGAAUAUGAAAAACUUGAGGAUUCUGUCGGCCUCUUCAAACUCCUUGCUUUUGAACGUGUCGCUGGAUUGGGUCCCGCCCUUCCGCCUCACGGCUCUCAAGGUGUUGUCGUGGAGAUUCGCCGGCGCGGGGACUCCAUUGUGGAUUGAAUCUCAGAGGCACAUAUCGGAGCUUGAUUUGUCUGAUACUGGAAUCUCCGGUACCAUCCCAAGCUGGUUCUGGGAGAUUCCGUUCUUGAAUCUGACCGAAAACGAUCUCUGCGGUGAGAUUCCGAAUCUAAGCCGAGCUCGGUAUGUAUACCUGAGCUCGAACAGGUUCAGUGGCUCGCUGCCUAGAGUUGGAGAUGCUUUGGUUGAGAUGGACUUGUCUGACAACUCGUUCUCGGGUUCCAUGACUCGGUUCGUGUGCAAUAGCUCGUAUACUCAUAAAGUCGAGAUCCUUCAUUUGGCGGCAAACCAACUGAAUGGAGAGUUGCCAGAUUGCUGGAAGGAAUGGGCGUCGCUCAAGUACUUGAAUCUAGGUGAUAACGAAUUGUCCGGAGUCAUCCCAAAUUCGAUAGGCUUUCUUGCAAAUCUGCAGUCUUUGAAUCUCUAUCGCAACAAUUUUUCGGGCUUCAUACCUUCUUCGUUGCAUAAAUGCAAUCAGCUGCUGAAGAUUGAGCUUUCGGAGAAUCAUAGCUUGCAGCCGUGGAUUGGAACAACCUUAGUUGAGAUCGAUCAAUUUCAACGGUGA